AUGGACAAGGAUGGUGAACCAUCGUUAGUUGCUGCGAAAAGGACAGGGGUUUAUCUGUUCCCGAGGGACAGUGUCAGGUUUGGGUGGUCUCAGUUCAUGAGUCAAAUGGAUCUGGUGAAAGAUUAUGUGAGGGACGGACAGAUCACGUUUGUAUGCUCCAUAAUGGUGUUACAUGAUAGCGGCAUUCCAGUGCCGCCUUCGGACAUUGGAAAAAAUCUCGGCAUGCUGUUGGAUAGCAUGGAUGGGUUAGAUGUGUCCUUCUUCACUGUUGACGGCGAGACGUUCCAUGCUCAUCGUGCGGUGCUUGCUGCCCGUUCACCAGUCUUCAGAGCCGAGCUCCUCGGUUCCAUGGCCGAGGUUACAAUGUCAUCCAUCACCCUACUCGACAUUGCCCCUGCAACAUUUAGAAUCGUACUUCGAUUCAUGUACAUGGAUGCCUUUCCUGUACAAGAUGAGCUUGGGGAUUCUCACUCUGAGGUGUUGCAGCAUCUGUUAGCAGCUGCCGACCGUUAUGCAUUGAACCCCCAAAAGCUGUGGGAAAAUAUGUCAGUGGAUACAGUUGCUGAUGCUUUAGCUUGUGCUGAGAUGUACAGUUGUCUAGAACUGAAGAAAAAGUGCAUUGGCUUCAUUGUGGCAGAGAAAAUUUUCAAUAAGGUUGUUUUAACUGAGGGUUUCAUGCAGCUGAGGCAGAAUUUUCCGUUUAUCAUCACUGAGUCUUGGAAUAAAUUGCUGCCAAGUGAUUACAAGAAGGCGACGCAGGCCAAGGAUAUUUUCAGACAAACCAGACCCAAAGCUGUGGAGAUCAUGCUAUAUUAA